UUCAUCCACGUAGGAACCAAAGUGCGCAGCCUUUGUUCCCCCGGACGAGUUUGGAAGUCGGACACUCGCGGUUUCCUUGGAAACUGUCAAGUUUUUUUUUUUUUUGUCUUCACCAUUUAACGACAUCCCAUUUUGUCAAACAUGGCUCGUAAGGAACCGAGUGAUCGAGGAGACGCCGUGAAAAUCAGGGAUUUGGACGAAGAAAUUAUCGCUGUUUCCUACUCGUCGGAUUCUGACCUGGCCUUCGACGGCGUCAUUGGCUGCAUAGAGAGGAUCCUCGUGGGGAGUCAGUUCCAGCAGCUUCAGGGAGAUUUCCUGGAGAAAUACUACCUGGAGUUCGACGAGUCUGACGAGAACAAGCUCAGCUACACGGCCAUGUUCAACGAAUAUGUAGACCUGCUGGAGAAACACCUGGAGCAGCAGCUGAUGGAGAGAAUCCCCGACUUCAACAUGAAGACCUUCACCGAGCUGCUCAUGCAGCGUAAAGACGAAGUUCAAGACGACGUUUUCGAGACGUUGAUGACGUUCACAGACUUCCUGACGUUUAAAGAAAUGUUUCUGGAUUACAAAGCUGAGAAGGAAGGCCGCGGUCUGGACCUGAGUCUAGCGUUUGUGGUCACGCCGGUUUCUGCUGCUCCUUCCAGAUGUUCACCGUGAAGUUUAACUGUUUAUUACUGUUAUCAAAGUUCAGGAUUCAAAUGUAAAUCUGUCUCUAAAUUAUAUCUGAGAGAAACAGAUUUAUUAUGUAUGUCCUGAACUCUGAAUCUUUUUCUAAAGAUGUUUAUUUCUGUCUGGAAACCAGUCUGUAGUUUUGAUCAUUUGUUUGUUGUCACUGAAAUGUUUUUGUUUGUUUGAAUAAAACUGAAACUGUUGUAUUUAAA